CUCCCACCUUGUAUCUUGUACCCUGCCUACGAGGAUCCUAUGAAAUAGGAACAUACGUAGUCGUCAUUGUCUCGAGGUCCACAGCCUUUCUUCCAUUGUUUCAGGUUUGCAGCGCAGAAGAAAGAAAACCGCAUAUCAUAUCAUUCCGGACAGAUUUAUAGUUGGGCUUCUCUGAUUCGUUUCAGGUUUUCUUUCUCUUCCCUAGUAGCAGAGUGUUUACACGUUGCACUGCACCGACAUUAUGUUACUUUUGUUUUGGCUACUGAAUCAGAAGUUCAUACACCGCCAUUCUUAAUUUGAAAUGGGAAACUUUCUUAUGAUUCUUUUUAAAAAAAAAAAAAAAAAUUAUUGUAAGAUUUGUAAACUUCUUCGAUUACAUAUUCAAAUUUGCCCAAGAAUGUUGAGCACCAAGUAGAACUAUGUGGAAGAUUCUUCCUGGGAUGGCUAAACCCACAAAUAGCGUAGCCGUAGUAGCUGGCGGAAACCAAUACCUUCAUGGCUACUGAAUCAGAAGUUCAGCCUAAUUUCCACCACAGAAGAUAGAACCACUGCAAACUUAAUAAAAAAAAAAGAAUCCCAAAUCGUCGAGACCUUUUCAAUGAUCACCCGUUAUCUCUUGCCACUGCCCAAACUAAAAUCUCCAGGAGUAGCUUAUCACGUCGGAUCUUGUCCACCAUUUCUUCAUCAGCUAAGCUACCAUCAUCGACGACCAGCCAAGCUACGGCCCAGCUUCUGGGCUCCUCCUCCUCUUCCUCGCAGUCGUCCCUGUGGACUGGCGAUUGCCUCCUCCGACUUUUGCCAAGUUUUUGGCCCAGGAGACGCCGUUGGAAUGACCCAAUCCGUAGCCUCCCCACCAACAACACGGUUGGGGUCCAAUCUCAUGACCCAUGGGGUCAAACCCCCACCCUUGACAUCAGCUUGUACGUAUGCAUCAGUAUACCAAUCGUCAGUGAUGAUUAAAACAAUUAUACCAUUGUUGUUUGUCGGAUUUCUAGCAUGGAUACUUCAGUCCAUCCGGCCUCCACCUCCUCGCAUCUGUGGCUCCCCCGGAGGUCCACCAAUCACAGGACCUAGAAUUAAACUUAGGGAUGGGAGACAUUUGGCUUAUAAGGAGCAUGGUGUUUCCAAAGAAUUGGCGAGGUACAAGGUUGUAUUGGUUCAUGGCUUUGGGUCUAGCAGGCAUGAGGCAGAAAUUGCGACAGCGGAGGCAGUUCAAGAACUUGGGAUCUACUUUGUAUCUUUUGAUAGACCGGGUUAUGGAGAAAGUGAUCCUGAUCCAAAGCGAUCUUUUAGAAGUCUAGCACUAGAUAUAGAGGAGCUUGCUGAUCAAUUGGAACUCGGAUCCAAAUUUUUUGUCAUUGGGUUUUCCAUGGGUGGACAAGUGGCUUGGGGUUGCCUCAAGUACAUCUCUCACCGGUUAGCUGGAGCAGCAUUGGUUUGUCCAGUGAUCAAUUACUGGUGGCCUGGCUUCCCGUCAAAUUUAUCAACUGAAGCAUACUAUCAACAGUUACCACAGGAUCAAUGGGCUCUUCGAGUUGCCCAUUACACCCCAUGGCUCACCUACUGGUGGAACACGCAGAAAUUGUUUCCAUCCUCCAGUGUCAUAUCCGGAAGGCCCAAGCUUUCUCGCCGAGACUUGGAAAUUAUAUCCAAGCUUGCAGAUAGACAAUCUCAAACGGAAUACGUAACACAACAAGGAGAAUUUGAAUCCUUCCAUAGGGACAUGAUAGUUGGAUUUGGCAAGGUUGAAUUUGAUCCUAUGGAUCUUAAGAACCCUUUUGCUGACGGCGAAGGCUCAGUUCACUUGUGGCACGGUGACGAAGAUGGCCUCGUGCCCGUUGCAUUGCAGCGUUACAUUGCUGAAAAGCUUCCGUGGAUUCGCUACCAUGAGAUACCAAACGCCGGGCAUUUGCUUGUGCUUGACAAUAAAGAGGCCAUCCUAAAAGAGCUUUUCACUGUCUGAUGUAAACAUCAAUUCGUCCUGGUUACAUUUAAUCCUCCAUUCUUUGGGACUACCAAUGCUUUUUGCAAGUUUGUCCCAGUCCUGCAUGUUGCUGCAACACUCACUAGUCUAUUGGUAUUAUAAAACUCUUUUUUGUCUGUCAAGUGAAA